CACACAGGCACACACACAUGUAUAUAUACAAGGAUGGCUUCCCAGACAGUGAAAAGUAUAGACAACAUAAACUAAUAUAACCUGAAGACGUUAUUGAGUCCCCUACGUAAACAGCGCGUCGAUACGUCAAGGUUAACGUCAAGGUAAACAAUGCGUCGAUACGUCAAGGUAAAAUAAACAGGUCUCUGGUGCAUCACACGAGAAAAGCAAGUUUCCCAUAAAACUGAAAAUAUCCCACUCUGUCAGGACCAGAAUCCCAGUACAGGGGAGUAUUACCAAGGAUUGACAUCAUAGCUAAUGGUAGGAGUUUCGCGGAGCUGAAAAGUAAGUUGUAUUAGCUAGAAUGUGUUUAGCUAAAAUGUGUCUCUCACAUGUGAUCAGUUCUUCGUAGUCAAGCAAAACACGUUUCUCACAGCAAACGAUUACGUAAUGGGAGCUAGAAUAUGCUUCCCACAACUACUGAAUGUGCAACACCAACAAAAACUAGAGUGUAACAGCUGAUGAGGGAGUAGUAUCACGCUCUUACGCUCCCAGGACCUCCGGCUACAGUAAAACUAACAGUACGAAAGCGAUCAACAGUUUGUAGCAGCAGCCAUGGAUCAGGGUCCAGAUAUCUCAGUGGCGAGCCAGGAGCUGCCCUCGGAUGGCUUUGGGUCGCCAGAGAUUAGUAGCCUCGACUUCCUAACGCUAGCAAACUUCGACAAUAAUCUCACCAACUUGGCGCACAACUUCUCCUGGCUAUUCAACGUGUCAGAGGGCCUUAACAUCGACCUAAUCAACAAGUUCCAGCGAAAUAGGCGGGUGAACGACGGGGCCUACUACGCCCUCAUCGUCGUCUACAGUCUACUCAUCGUCCUAGGCUCGACGGGGAACUCCCUCGUCGUCGUUGCCGUCAUUAGAAAGCCCGCUAUGAGGACGGCGCGCAAUGUGUUCAUCAUCAACCUGGCCAUUUCAGACCUCCUCCUGUGUCUGGUCACCAUGCCCCUCACCUUGGUGGAGCUCCUGUCGCAGUACUGGCCUCUCGGUGACCACCCUUUCCUCUGCAAACUGGUGGGCACUCUGCAGGCCACCUCCAUUUUCGUCUCCACCAUCUCCAUCACCGCCAUCGCCCUCGACAGAUACCAGGAUACUUAUUGA